CUGAAUUUUUUUUCGUUGUUUAACUUUAAACACAUUUCAUUUUAAAAUUAUUCCGGUACUUCACAAAUAAAUAUAACCUCGAAUAUAACUGACAUAACCUGUAAGUGAAGCGAAUAAAACUGUUUUUAUUUAAAAAAAAAUUUUAAGAUGAGACCAGAAAGUAAUAAAAAUUUACCCUGGGUUGAGAAAUAUCGUCCCAGUACUUUAGAUGAUCUUGUAUCGCAUGAAGAAAUAAUAAAAACGAUAAAUAAGUUUAUAAUACAAGAUCAGUUUCCUCAUUUAUUAUUUUAUGGGCCCCCUGGGACUGGUAAAACAAGUACAAUUCUUGCUUGUGCGCGACAGCUUUAUUCACCUAAACAGUUUACGUCAAUGGUUUUAGAAAUGAAUGCCUCUGAUGACAGAGGCAUUGGAGUGGUUCGAGGACAAAUACUGACAUUCGCUAGUACUAAAACCAUCUUCAAAUCUGGAUUUAAAUUAAUUAUUCUUGAUGAAGCUGAUGCCAUGACCAUGGAUGCUCAAAAUGCCCUAAGGCGGAUAAUUGAAAAAUAUACUGAAAAUGUCCGAUUUUGUAUUAUUUGCAAUUACUUGAGUAAAAUAAUGCCAGCUUUGCAAUCUAGAUGUACCAGGUUUCGAUUUGCACCUCUAAAGCCUGAACAGAUAUUGCCUAGGUUGGAUUACGUCAUCGAACAAGAAAACUUAAAAGUUACUGAAGAUGGCAAAAAUGCUUUAUUAACAUUAGCAAAUGGUGAUAUGAGAAAAGUUUUAAACGUUUUGCAAAGUACUUGGCUAGCUUUUAAGAAUGUUACUGAAAACAACGUGUACACAUGUGUUGGUCAUCCAUUGAAAAAGGAUAUUGAAAAUAUAGUAGCCUGGUCAUUAAACGAAAACUUUAGAACAACCUACAAUAAUAUUAAAAAACUUCAAGUUGUCAAGGGGUUAGCUCUCAAUGAUAUUCUUACAGAAGUUCACAAAUACGUGCAGAGGAUUGAGUUUCCACAGGAAGUUAUGCUCAACUUAUUGAAUGAAUUGGCUGAAAUUGAAAUGAGACUUUCAAGUGGGGCCAGCGAAAAUAUUCAACUUACUGCUUUUGUAUCUGCAUUUCAAGAAGUCAAAGAAAUUGGCCCACCUAGAGAUUCUUAAACUGUAAUUAAUUAUUCACUAAUGUAUUUUUUAUAUAAUAAAAAUUUUAAUGUCCCA